GCGGGAGGUGUGCUGUCGUCAGCGGAGCGACGGCUGGCGGCGGCGGCGUAGGCGGCGUAGGCCCCGGCGGGGCGUUUGGUUUCGGUUUGGUGGAGUUAAGUGUUGACAGUGGGGAUGGGAGUCCCCAAGUUUUACCGAUGGAUUUCCGAGCGGUACCCUUGCCUCAGCGAAGUGGUGAAAGAGCAUCAGAUUCCUGAAUUUGACAACUUGUACCUUGAUAUGAAUGGAAUUAUACAUCAGUGUUCCCAUCCUAAUGAUGAUGAUGUUCACUUCAGAAUUUCAGAUGAUAAAAUCUUUACUGAUAUUUUUCACUACUUAGAAGUGUUGUUUCGCAUUAUUAAGCCUAGAAAAGUGUUUUUUAUGGCUGUUGAUGGUGUGGCUCCUCGAGCAAAAAUGAACCAGCAGCGUGGAAGGCGUUUUAGGUCAGCAAAGGAGGCAGAAGACAAAAUAAAAAAGGCAAUAGAGAAAGGAGAAACUCUUCCUACAGAGGCCAGAUUUGAUUCGAACUGUAUUACACCAGGGACUGAAUUCAUGGCCAGGUUACAUGAACAUCUGAAGUACUUUGUAAAUAUGAAAAUUUCUACAGAUAAGUCAUGGCAAGGACUCACCAUCUAUUUCUCAGGCCAUGAGACUCCUGGAGAAGGAGAGCAUAAAAUCAUGGAAUUUAUCAGAUCUGAGAAAGCAAAACCAGAUCAUAAUCCAAACACCAGACACUGUCUUUAUGGUUUAGAUGCUGAUUUGAUUAUGCUUGGAUUAACAAGUCACGAGGCACAUUUCUCUCUUCUAAGAGAAGAGGUUCGGUUUGGUGGCAAGAAGGCACAGAGGGUAUGUGCACCAGAAGAAACCACAUUUCACCUUCUACACUUGUCUUUAAUGAGAGAAUAUAUUGACUAUGAGUUUUCAGUGUUAAAAGACAAGAUCACAUUUAAAUAUGAUAUUGAAAGGAUAAUAGAUGAUUGGAUUUUGAUGGGAUUUCUUGUUGGCAAUGAUUUUAUCCCUCAUCUACCUCACUUACAUAUUAAUCAUGAUGCACUGCCUCUUCUUUAUGGAACAUAUAUUAACAUCCUGCCAGAACUUGGGGGUUACAUUAAUGAAAGUGGGCACCUCAACUUACCUCGAUUUGAGAAAUACCUUGUGAAAUUAUCAGAUUUUGAUCGGGAGCACUUCAGUGAAGUUUUUGUGGACCUAAAGUGGUUUGAAAGCAAAGUUGGUAACAAGUACCUCAAUGAAGCGGCAGGUGUUGCAGCAGAAGAAGCCAAGAACUACAAGGAAAAGAAAAAAUCAAAGGGCCAGGAAAACUCUGUAUGUUGGGCUGCUUUAGAUAAAAAUAGAGAAGCGGUAACUUCCAAGGAAAAUUUAGAAGAUGAGACUGAAGAUGAUGACCUAUUUGAAACUGAGUUUAGGCAAUAUAAAAGAACAUACUACAUGACGAAGAUGGGAGUUGACGUAGUGUCUGAUGAUUUUCUGGCUGAUCAAGCUGCGUGUUAUAUUCAGGCAAUACAGUGGAUUUUGCACUAUUACUAUCAUGGAGUUCAGUCCUGGAGCUGGUAUUAUCCUUACCAUUAUGCACCUUUCCUAUCUGAUAUCCGCAACAUCAGUACACUCAAAAUCCAUUUUGAACUAGGAAAGCCUUUUAAGCCAUUUGAACAGCUUCUUGCUGUACUUCCAGCAGCUAGCAAAAAUUUACUUCCUACAUGUUACCAGCAUUUGAUGACCAGUGAGGACUCACCAAUUAUAGAAUAUUAUCCACCUGAUUUUAAAACUGAUCUAAAUGGGAAACAACAGGAAUGGGAAGCUGUGGUACUGAUACCUUUUAUUGAUGAGAAGCGAUUGUUGGAAGCCAUGGAGAUGUGUAACCGCUCCCUCACAGAAGAAGAGAGGAAGAGAAACCAACAUAGUGAGUGCGUAAUGUGCUGGUAUGAUGGGGGCACAGAGUUCACCUACCCCUCUCCAUGGCCAGAAAAGUUCCCUGCCAUAGAACGAUGUUGCACAAGGUAUAAAAUAAUAUCAUUAGAUGCUUGGCAUGUAGACAUAAGCAAGAACAAAAUAACCAGGGUUGACCAGAAGGCAUUAUAUUUCUGUGGAUUUCCUACUCUGAAACACAUCAAACACAAAUUUUUUUUGAAGAAAAGUGCGGUUCAAGUAUUCCAGCAAAGCAGCCGUGGAGAAAACAUGAUGUUGGAAAUCUUAGUGAAUGCAGAAUCAGAUGAACUUAGUAUAGAAAAUGUUGCUUCAUCAGUGCUUGGAAAGUCUGUCUUUGUUAAUUGGCCUCAUCUUGAAGAAGCUAGAGUUGUUGGUGUAUCAGAUGGAGAAACCAAGUUUUACUUGGAAGAACCUCCAGGAACACAGAAGCUUUAUCUGGGAAGAACUGCUCCACCAUCUAAAGUAGUUUAUCUUGGGGACAAAGAACAAUCUAACUGGACCAAAGAAGUACAAGGAAUUUCAGAAUACUACCUGAGAAGAAAAGGAAUAAUAAUAAAUGAAACAUCUGCAGUUGUAUAUGCUCAGUUACUCACAGGUCGUAAAUACCAAAUAAAUCAAAAUGGUGAAGUUCAUCUAGAGAAACAGUGGUCAAAACAAGUUCUUCCUUUUGUUUAUCAAACUAUUGUUAAGGACAUCCGAGCUUUUGAUUCCCGUUUCUCCAGUAUCAAAACAUUGGAUGACUUGUUUCCUCCUAGAAGUAUGGUCUUUAUGCUGGGGACCCCCUAUUACGGCUGUACUGGAGAAGUUCAAGAAUCAGGGGACGUGAUUACAGAAGGUAGGAUUCGUGUGGUUUUCAGCAUUCCCUGUGAACCCAAUCUUGAUGCUUUAAUACAGAACCAGCAUAAAUAUUCUAUAAAGUACAACCCAGGAUAUGUGUUGGCCAGUCGCCUUGGAGUGAGUGGAUACCUUGUUUCAAGGUUUACAGGAAGUAUUUUUAUUGGAAGAGGAUCUAGGAGAAACCCUCAUGGAGACCAUAAAGCAAAUGUGGGUUUGAAUCUGAAGUUCAACAAAAAAAAUGAAGAGGUACCUGGAUAUACAAAGAAAGUCGGAAAUGAGUGGAUGUAUUCAUCUGCCGCAGAACAACUUCUUGCAGAGUAUAUAGAGAGAGCUCCAGAAUUAUUUAGUUAUAUAGCCAAAAAUAGCCAAGAGGAUGUGUUCUAUGAAGAUGACAUUUGGCCUGGAGAAAAUGAGAAUGGUGCUGAGAAAGUUCAAGAAAUUAUUACUUGGCUAAAGGGACAUCCUGUCAGUGCUUUGUCACGUUCUUCUUGUGAUUUACAAAUUCUGGAUGCAGCUAUUGUUGAGAAAAUUGAGGAAGAAAUCGAAAGGCACAAGCAAAGAAAGAAUAAUAAGAAGGUACGCGUGACAGUUAAGCCCCAUUUGCUGUACAGACCUUUAGAACAGCAACACGGAGUCAUUCCUGAUCGGGAUGCAGAAUUUCGUCUCUUUGACCGUGUUGUGAAUGUGAGAGAGAACUUUUCAGUGCCAGUUGGCCUUCGGGGAACCAUCAUAGGAAUUAAAGGGGCUAAUAGAGACGCUGAUGUACUAUUUGAAGUAUUAUUUGAUGAAGAAUUUCCUGGAGGCUUAACAAUAAGGUGCUCACCUGGUAGGGGUUAUCGACUGCCAACAAGUGCCUUGGUGAACCUUUCUCAUGGGAGUCGUUCUGAAACUGGAAAUCAGAAGUUGACAGCCAUUGUGAAACCACAACCAGCUGUGAAUCACUAUAGCUCAAAUUCGUCAGUUUCAUCUGGGAAUUUGGGAGUCCUGAACCAUUCCCCUCAAUCAAUUUUUGUUCCUACACAAGUACCUACUAAAGAUGAUGAUGAAUUUUGCAACAUUUGGCAGUCCUUACAGGAAUCUGGAAAGGUUCAGCACUUCCAGCCAACUCUGCAAGAGAAGGGUACAGUUCUACCUCAAGAAAUAAGUCAAGUAGCUCAGCAUCAUAAAUCCAGCUUAAAUGACAACAGUGCUAAAUGUCAGCAAAGAAAACAUGAGACUCACAGAAAAUUUAAAGAAGAGAGUAAGAGUCCCAAAACUGAGAGUCGGUCACAAAAAAUGUCAAGUAACCAGAUGUUUGGACGGCCUGACAAAUGUAAUACUAAGCUACUAAAGAGAAAUGAAAGUAUGGAAGUGUCAGAAAAUCAGAAAGUUGGGGCUGGUUAUCCAAAUGCUGUUGAUAAGCCUAACACUGGAUUUGAGAACUUUUUAGCAUCUUUGAAUAUCUCCAAAGAACAUGAAGUACAGUCAUCUCAUCAUGAAGAGCCUCCAAGUGAAGAGCAUUUGUCACCACAGUCAUUUGCUAUGAAGGGAACACGGAUGCUUAAAGAAAUUCUAAAAAUUGAUGUCUCUGACCCUCUGGACCAUAAGAAUGAAAUGAAGCAGUUUGGUAAUGAAGUCACUGUUUCCUCUAAUAGAAGAGAUGAAUAUGUACCUUCCUCACAGCCUAAACAAAAUAAGAAAUUAACAUCUUAUAUAAACAAGCCUCACAGUGCUAGUGAGUACCAUCAUGUUCGGUCUAUAGACAAUGUGUGUUGGCCUGCUUCCAGCCAGGUUCCUCCUAUGUCCACACCCAUAACUGAACUUUCUAGAAUUUGUUCCCUUGUUGGAAUGCCACCACCAGAUUUCUCCUUUCUUAGAACAUCACAGACAAUGACAGUUUGCCAAGUAAAAUUAUCUAAUGGCUUACUGGUACGUGGGCCACAGUGCCAUUCUGAAAAUGAAGCCAAGGAAAAAGCUGCACUUUUUGCUUUACAGCAGUUGGGCUCCUUAGGAAUGAGUUUCCCUUUGCCUCCACCAAUAUUUGCAAAUUACCCUCCUGCUGUACCACCUGGAACCAUUCCUCCAGUUUUUCCCCAACCUACUGCUAAUAUAAUGCCUUCAUCAUCUCAUCUCUUUGGCUCAAUGCCAUGGGGACCACCGGUGCCAGUUCCCGGAAAGCCCUUUCAUCAUACUCCGUAUGCCGGGCCCGUGCCCACGGCUGGGGCAGCAGCAGGUGGUGUGCACAAUCAGUUCAUACCUCUACAGGUUACUAAAAAAAGGGUUGCAAACAAAAAGAACUUUGAGAAUAAGGAGGCCCAAAGUCCUCAAGCCACCCCACUUCAGACUAGCCAGCCAGGGUCUUCCAGUGUCACCAAAGUGGUUCCACAGGAGAAUUCAUCAGCUUCCUUAAAGCCUUCUCAGAUUACUCAGCCUACAUCUUCCUGUCAAGUUGAAGCUGUCCCUCAAGGCCGUGGUAUGUGUCACCAUAAGUCAGCACCAAGCUCUUCUUCAAGAAGAAAAUCAAGAAAACUGGCUGUCAAUUUUGGCGUCGCUAAACCUUCUGAAUGAAUUUGGUACUUGGAAUUAAAUUAAUUUCUUUCCCUUCCACCUGCCUUUUUAGAAAUCCAUAUCUGUGUUUCAUAAAAAAAAAUUAGGAUGUGCUAUUUUAAAAUAAUGUUUCAAUUGAAAAUUUUUAAUGUUUAAGUUGUCAGGCACUUUUCAUGCUGUUUAAAAGACUAUAUCAAAUUGUACAUCUUAAAUAUGUGCAGUUUGCUUUACAUUAAUUAUACCUCAAUAAAGCUAUUUUUAAAAAGACUAAAUUAAAUCCUGUGUUAAAAUAAUACAAGUGGACUAAGCAUUAAGGCGUCCCACUCUAACUAUUGGCCUCAUCAUUAGAAGCAUCCUGAAGUACGAAUUAGACAGCAUAUUGCAAUAAUAAUAAAUAUUUUUACACUAUCAUUGAGGGAUAAUUAAAUGGAGCAUGGAAAUUGGGCCUCAAGUAUAAUUUACUGAAUGUAUAUUUUAUUUUUCUUUUUAAUGAUGUAACAGAAUUGUCAGGAGAAUGGCUCUUACAAGUGUUUUCACUUAUGUUCUGUUGUCUCUGAGGGUCCUCUAGACCUGCUGUGAAGUAAUCACACUUGUGUUGGUGCUGCCAGUUUUGCUUGAUUCUAAAUUUUGUACCAAAGCAACUUUAGAAUACUGAUCAGAAUACUUCAUUUAAGUACUUAGAACUAUAAAUAGCAAUCUAGAUUUAAGCAACUAAUUACAAUUUUUUUUAGACUAUUCAAGAACCAGCAUUGGUAAUUUCUAAUAAAAUUAAGUUUCAAAAUUUACAGGGUACAAUGAUUACAAAUUAAUCUUAGAAUAAAGUAGAAAAUAUUAAUCAUGUUAGUUUUAAAAAAUUGCAUUAUUCUUUUGUAGAGCUAACUUAAACAUCUAUAAGAGCUCCAUUGUUGGUCCAUAUGUAGUGCUUCCUGGGACUGACGAAAUUCUAAUUUUUUUAAAAAAAUCCAAGAUGUGCUAUAUAUUAGAAGCACAAUCACUUUAUGAUGUACAUUAUUUACAUGACAAAUGCCUCUCAUUCUGUUUCCAUAUUUUUAGCUUUAUACUGAACUGCUAAGUGACUGGCAUUUCUGUCUUUGCAUGUCAUGUGUGGGUGUGUAUUGUUCAAGCUGUGGCUCUUGAAAUUAUUUUAGGAUCUUUGAAAAUUUAUCAGUGGUACCAAGGCCUAAUGUAUUUAUUUACACACACACACUCUCUCUCUCUCUCUCUCUCUCUCUCUCUCUCUCUCUCUCUCUCGUCCUCAGCUUUUGUGAUGUGCUUAUAUUUUUAAGGAAGUAAGUUAUACUUUUUAAAAAGUUGGAUAUCACAAUUUUUAUAUGGAGCUGCUCCUUAUAUAUGAUUACAUUUAGCUCAUUGGGAACUCUGCCAGGAGUCUUAGAGUAGGUCUAUUUAAAAAUGCUGGUAUUGAACUAAAUGGACACCUUUAACUGCUGAUUUCAGAGCUUCUUUAGAUGUUAAUAGGAUAUCUGUAUAUUAGUAGUGCCUUUAGUGUAAGAGAUAAAUGUUCAUUGUCUGUCAUUUGUUACAGUCAUGUGAGUUUCUGUGAUAUUUUCUGUUUGUGAAUAUUCACAUGUUUAUCAGUUUCCUUCCUUGUUGGGAAUGUGUCUUUAUCUCUAGUGGGAACUUGAGUAAUAAGGCUCAAGUAAUUCUCACUGUUUGUCCUUAUUGCCUCACAAACUCUAUUUGUUUUAAAAGGAAAUAUCUAUUAUGGGAUUACAGUACAAAUAGUUAAAUACAGUAAUAUUCUGCUUAAUGUGUGUAAGAUUUUUCACCUUUAUGUAACUGUACAAACUCCAGCAAUCAGGAAUUGCCUCACUCAUCGCUUCUGUGUGACCACUCUAUAAACAGUGUACAGCUCACAUUUUUUCUUAGAUUACAGAGGAAGGAACUCAUGCUAUCUGGAAACUCCCAAGAAAAAUUUCAGUAAGCACGGUGCCACUUAACUCAUAAGGAUAGUUCCCUAGUAUUUGAGCAGAGCAAGAUGGCAUCGUAUAUGGAUAGACAGUAAAAGUGUUUUCUUCUUAUUCCUCUUACUCUUUUUUUUAAACAUAUCAUCUUACACGUCAAGAUUAAAGAGAUUGAUUUAAACAUCAUGUAGACCAAAGUUGAAACAUCUGAGACUCAUUUGCAUGAAAAAUUGAUUUUCCUCUAUGUGCUCCUUGGUUUCAAUUUAAGCCUUUUUUUUUUUU